CUAGCCCCAUACUAUUCUCAAGCCUGUCUCGGAGCUCAAGCACAUUGUCUUCAAUUGGGAAUUUUGUAGUGGUCCGCUAACUUUUGCCUCUGACUUGUUCUUGUCUGUGUGCUGGAUUACUUGUACAUUACAUGUACUGGAUUUAUUUGCUGAACUUUUCCUCUUCUCCUCUGUUCCUGCUACUUGGAAUAUUCAUGUAGACCUCUGGACUGUUUUAUAGGCCUGCCUCUGCCUUAUCCUUGUCUAGCUGUCGUUGCAGAAUUUGUGAGCUAGAUCCUGGUCCUGCUGACUCCACACGUGAAUCUGCACUCAGAAUGCUUUACCUGACCUGUUCCUCAAAGUUGGCCACUAUGAGAAGACUCCUGGGCAGCAGCUUUCCAGAGUCACUGAAGGAAAUGACAGAUCCCUUGGAUCCUUACACCAAUACAUACUUUCUCUUCAGUAAAGACCCACAGAGUCUACACAGGAUGCUGCAAGAUCCCCAGACUGUAAACUGGAAGCAAGAGUUACAGAUACAAGGGUGCCAGCCACAGUUGGGGAAGGUGCUUGAAGAAGUCAGUUCCACUUAUGGAAGCAAAAUGCACACAACAAGUAACCUGUUAUACAUGAAGGAUAAGACAGAGGAAGAGGAACUGAAGAACUGCACAAUAAGACCCCGGAAGCUUCCACGGGUACCAGAAAAUCUUCUUAAGAAAAGAAGGAAAUACCAGGGGCUAAAAGCAGCAGAAGCUAAGCGAGCCUUAGAAGAAAAAAGAAAGGUUCAGCCCGGGAAACAAAUCAAAUUUAAACGUUUAGAGACACUUGUCCGCAACUCCCGGAGAAAACUGAGAGAUGAUACCAGAUUGCGGAGGAUGGAAAUUUACAACAGAGGGCCCAAAUUGGCCAAUCAAAAACUUGCAUUUGUAGCGAGAAUUAUGGACAUUCAGGGGGUCAGCCCAGCUGUAUUGCGUGUCCUCAAGAACCUUCGGCUAGGGGACAUUUUCUCUGGAACCUUUGUGAAGUUGACACCAGAAUCUGUGAAGAUGUUACAAGUUGUUGAACCAUACGUUGCUUGGGGUUUCCCAAACUUGAAGUCUGUACGCGAAUUGAUCUUAAAGCGGGGGCAAACAGUGGUGAAAGGCAAAAAAGUGCCGCUCACCGACAAUAACAUGAUUGAAGAGCAACUAGGACAGCUUGGGAUUAUCUGCCUAGAAGAUGUGAUCCAUGAGUUGUAUUCAGCAGGAAACCAUUUUACUCGCGUCAAUAGGUUCUUAUGCCCUUUCCAGCUGUCUAUAUCCCGUCACGCCGGUGUUAACAGGAAGGGAUAUAUCACUGAGGUUGGAGACCCUGGAAACAGGGGCAUUGGCAUUAAUCAGCUUAUCCGAAAACUCAAUUAAAGGCAGGAUUGGUUCUUCUGAAUGAAUCAUGCCAUCUUCAUUAUCUAGAAGAUUUCCAGUGGACAUAUUUGUGGAUAUUAUUUCUUUGAUAUAAUACCGAUUUGAACUUUGGAUACCAUUAUUCGACCUGAUGCUUUGUAAAACGUCACAGGCAAGGGAUGCUGCAAGCAGACAUUUACAUCAAAGUGCAGAAGAGGCGUAAACAACCUAUGGACAGACUAUUGGAGCUGUUCUCUCUGAUGAUCCACUUUUCACACUCUGAAGAAUUUAUGUAAAUAACUUUGCAGAAAAUAAAUGUGGGUUUGGUGUAAACAUGGCAUUGCAUUGUACAUCCGCUCUAUAAAGUUUAGGCCUUGGGGGGAAAAAACAAACAUUUGAUUACUUUCAUCCAGAGUACUCUUGUAUACGUCUGUAGAUUUUUUUUGAGACUUUUAAGUAUUACUCAUUCCUCUUAUUUUAAUUUAAAGUUUAUAUUUGUAAAAAAAUAAAUAAAAUUCUAUUCUGGCCCAUUC